AUGGGUCUCGUGGCAUCCCUCGCUGUCGUUAGUGAGGAUGCGUUCAAGCGCUCCUCCCUCACGUACUACGGCUCUGCUCUUGCACUCACUACUGACGUUUGCCCCGCGAGUUGGCUGGCUACCGACGACCAUCAUAACAGGUCUCCCGCAAAUGCCUACUUCAAUGAGAUCCUUGUCAUUCAUGUGGAACAAGCUUUCCUAGUCAUAGAGGGUGCAGCGCUUGUCGCUAUCCUUCUGUCGAAUGGCGAGCAACAACCCCUGGAUCGGGAAAGACCCGUACCUUCCGUUUCGAGAGGCAUCGACCCUGGCGAUGUGGGCGCUCUCAGCGACACCUCUCGCGCGCUACCAAGCUCCUCGAUCUCAAGCCGCUCAAACCCCGUUGACACGCGGGCCGAGAUCACCUACCGCGAGGAAUCGACCAGCUAUCUUAAGUUUGGUACCAAGGGCAUGAACGGCACAAUCGUCGAGGUUUGCCCGCGCAAGAAGGCCGAGGUGCAGGAGGUCGAGGGCCAUGAUUUUGAGGCUGAGGGCAACGCAUUCGAUCUCAUUGGUCGCCUCCCCAUCUUCGACCCUCUCUGCUUGGACACCAAGCAGAUGCUCGGCCAAGCACGUCAACGCCCUGUCCUCCGUCUCUCCUGGUCGCGAGGCGCAAGCCCACCCCAAUCAGUAUGCUACGCCGAUGCGCCCCAGAGCCAGCACCCCGUUACAGACGACAAUGAGCGGGCGCUUUUCGAGGGCGGUUCUGUGUCCCGGACGCCGCUCCAUUGUGCUAAAAGCAAGGUCAAGGUCAAGUCGCCUGCGCUCGAAAUGUUCACGAAGACGGGGCAGAUGAGCAAUGAAGAGGUCGCAGAGGCCGUUUCACCGGGCGGGCACGUCACGAAGCGACGUGCGCAUUCCCGCCCGGUUGAACUGCUAGAGUCGGCGCAGGGCGCAGUUGUCGCGCCAGCUGUUCCACCCGUUAGCGGGCCACACAGCGCGAGCUCCGGUACUGUUCCUCGUCUUCGGCGCGCGUCUACCAGCUCUACGAGCGGGUCUUGA